UUGCUUCCUGUUUCAAAGUGCACAAGUGUAUAUAGUAUACAGCAUUAGAGCAAUUCAGGUUUCCAGCCAUGCCUUCAGGACUGUCACUGAGGGAAAACACAGAAUAAAUGAAUAUAUGUAUAUAAGGUUACACAGUAAACCCCCACACCUGAAGUGAGGAACCUUCUCCAGAUAUAGCAUUUGCUGGCAAAGAGAUAUAUAAUGCAAGUACGUUGGCUAGUCGGCGACCAACCAAGAUGGAGUCUGCAAAGCGCGUCCUGGUUUAUCUGAGGAAAGACAACUCUCUGCUGCAGUGUGCACAGUUUGUACAGGAUAUCACUGGGCUGUAUGGCGACAGACAUCAGGACAGAGCGGUUGUGAACUGCGGCCUGGAUCAGAAUCGAUUCAUCGUCUCGGAUCAGCCGUUCGGCGGCUCCAGCAAAGCGCAGCUGCAGAGACCCACCUUCUGCCCCAUCAAGAACCUUAGUUCCGAUCAGGCUGCCUCCCUACCGGAGGUGAUACGCAACCGAGGCGUGGACGUGGGAGUCACUGUGUUACUGCAGUCCGCCAACAACAAGGUUCUGCUGACCAGACGCUCCAAAACCCUCACAAUCUUCCCCAAUGUCUGGGUACCCCCAGGAGGCCACAUGGAGCCAGGAGAGCAGCUGCUCCAAGCUGGUCUACGGGAACUGCAGGAGGAAACUGGAUUAAGUCUGCAGGAAGCCCAUCAACCCUGGAGCAUUCUAGGGCUCUGGGAGUCUGCAUUCCCGCCAUUACUGAGCAGAGGCCCGCCCAUCCGCCAUCAUAUCGUCACUUACCUGCUUGUCUCGUCCAACGAGACCCACCAAGAGCUACAGGAGAAACUCCGCCCAGACGAGCAGGAGGUGAGCGCGUGUGUCUGGCUGGAUCCACAGAUCGCAGAGCGAAUCGUCGCCACUGAGGAAGGACUGAAGGAUUCUGGGAAGAAUGUUCCGGGUUUACAAACCUCCGUGAAAAUUACAGAAGUGAGAGGUGGCACGCUGGCACAGAAGGAUCUGCCCUUGGCAACUCUCCUAAACACCGCACCCAACGAUGGAGAGGACGUGGAACGCGUAAGCACCGGGACCAAGUACGCACUGGCAUUGUGGCUGGAUACCCUGCGUCUGAAGGACGCCAUCAGUGUCUAAUACAACCAGUGAUAUACAAGGUGGCUUACACCGCUCAGCGCCACCCCGGUGGCAGUUGGCACACAUGACACGACAAAUAUAAUGAAUAAAUAAAAAAGGGUUUAUUCCCCUUAAAAAGA